AUGUACUUAGUUCCCGAGGUACUAGAAGAGAUCUUCCUUCGUCUGCCAUUGAAAUCCAUCCUAAAAUUCAAAACCGUCUCAAAACAAUGGAGAUCAAUACUGGAGUCGAAGAGGUUCGCAGAGGGUAGGCGUCUGGUGAAUAUUCAAACGAAACUGAAAAUCAUAGUGGCAGUAGACCGAAACCUAAUCCAACAUGAAUUACACAGGGACGAAGAGUUAGAGAUGGUCUACUUACACAGCAAUGUCGCCGCCUCUCGUCCGUCACUGUCAUGUGACAGUCUUGUCUGCAUCCCCGUACCUGGUUGGGUCAAAGUUUUCAACCCUUCCACUGGAGUGUUUCUUAGAUUCUCUUCCGGUCCAGAGACAAUGAUAUCACGUCAUGAUUUUGAUUUCUUAGAUCCUCGAUUUGAGAUCUUCCCUAGACGUUGGAGGAUGGGAUUCGGUAAAGACAAUAUCACUGAGAGAUAUAAGAUGGUGAGGAUAUGUUUUAACGAUGAUUUGGAGAUUCGUCGUAGCGAGAUUCUUGAUGUUAACAUUGGGAGAUGGAGGAGACUGAGUCCACCUCCUUAUGUGUUAGGGUUUAGAUGGAAGUCGACAUGUGUGAAUGGGUCCAUCUACUGGGUAGAAGUAAUUCCUCGGCACAAACUUUUAGCUUUGAAUCUUCACACAGAAGAGUGGCGUGACCUUACACUACCGCUGGGAACAUUAGGAACUUCAUGCCAAGUAGCAAACCUUGAAAACCGGCUGGCCUUAGCCGCAACCUAUUUUAGUAAUCAUCAUUGGAAUGUGAAGAUAUGGUGCAUGCAUGCACCACAAGAAGAAGCAUGGAGCGUGAUGUAUACCAUACGUUUAUUCCCUUGCGAGCACCGUUACAACGGCUGUUUCCCUUUAUGGUUUUGGACUAGGCCAGUGGCGGUUUCUAAGCAAGGAAAUCUUUUUUUUCAUGAUAACUGCAAUAGGUUGUUCAAAUAUUACCCAGAGACAGAUGUACUUUGUUGCGUUCAUAGAGAUAUUUAUGUGAUAUCUCCUUUUGUUGAAGAUUUGGUCCCACUUGGACCUUUGGAUUCUGUUCCGAACAUGAUGAGGACAUAUGGACUUCAACAUCUAGAUCAUGUGCCCUUCUCCUCUAGGAUAUCUAAUUUUUUCAGACGAAUGGAGUUCCCGAGUAGCUUGAUCACUACUGCUUUUGUGACUCUAGCAACAUUUCAGUUUUGUUCCCUAUUGUCUAGGUCUUGA